CGGGCAGCAGCUGCAGAGGAGCGGCCGCGACAGCGACAGCACAGCCCGGCCCCGCAGCGCUCACAGCACGGCACGGCACGGCACGGCACGGCACGGCCCCGCAGCAACACCGCCGAACUGACAUCUAAACCUGCUGCUGCAAAGCUAAAAUGGAAACCAUGCACGAGCUGAUCCCCUUCGCCAAAGAAAUGCUCAGCCAGAAGCCCAACAGGAAGAUGAUCAAGCUGUACAUGCUGGGCAGCGUGCUGGCGUUCUUUGGGGUGGUCAUCGGGCUGGUGGAGACCGUGUGCAGCCCCUUCAGCUCCGAGGGCAGGAUAGAGGAGGAGGAGAAGGCCAAGCCGGCGGCGCCCCGGGAGCAGCGGGUCCCGCCGGCACGGGAGGGUUUGGUGCUGGACAAGGGCAAGGAGCCGCCGGCGCUGCACAGGGCCCUGGUGACCCGGCACCACGCGUCCUAGGCCGGCUCAGCGCUCAGCAGAGACUCCGCGGCCCCGCCCGCCCAGGUGGUUCCAGCACGAAGAGAAGGCUCGGCUGAGGGAGACUGCACGUGUGAGACUCGCCAGAAGUGAAGGGUUAUAUUUGCUGCUGUGCAGCAGUGGGAAAAAUUACCUUUUGUUGGUAUGAACCUGUGCACGACGCACAGCAUGGUUUCUUAUUUUUCUUACGGACGCAUUUUACACCAUUUUGCAAGAUCAAUAAAUAUUUUAUAUGGUA